AUGCGACUGCUGCAUACAACAUCAUUUCGUCUGAAGGAAUACUUUGAUGAGAACGUCCCUGAUUACGCUAUUUUAUCACAUACCUGGGGGCGAAAUGAGGUCAGCUAUCACGAUAUUCAAUCCCAAAGUGAUCCAAAUACCAUAGACGGCUUCGAUAAAAUAAAGGGCGCUUGCGCUUUAGCCGCCAGGGAGAAAUAUGAUUUUAUUUGGAUCGACACGUGCUGCAUAGACAAAUCGAGCAGCUCAGAGCUAUCAGAGGCCAUCAACUCCAUGUAUUCGUGGUACCAACGGGCUGCCGUGUGCUACGCGUACCUCGCAGAUGUACAGUUUCUCGCAGGGGCGGAGGAUGAUAUUACUGUUCAAGAACCACCUAGAGAUUCACCUACUACAUCCAGUCGAUCGGAACCCAACAAGAAUUCCUCUCCAAAACCACCCAUUUGGAAUUUUGAGGAGUUUGAAUUUAGGAAUAGUCGUUGGUUUACCAGAGGAUGGACCCUUCAGGAGCUUGUUGCUCCAAGAAAGCUUUUCUUUUAUUCUCGCGACUGGAAACGUCUUGGCUCUAAAGACUCGUUGAGAGACUUGAUUUCAAGCAUCACGGGCAUUGACUACAGCGUUCUUGCAGGAGGUGAUCUUAAACCUAUUUCUGUGGCCCGCAAGAUGUAUUGGGCUUCCAACCGGACGACUACGAGAAAAGAAGACAUGGCUUAUUGCUUGAUGGGUAUUUUCUCAGUCAACAUGCCUCUUUUAUAUGGUGAAGGCGAGAGAGCAUUCCUUCGCCUACAGGAACAGAUCAUCACCAUGAACGACGAUCAGUCCAUCUUCGCCUGGACACUUCCUCGGAGACGGGCAGAGAGACAACUCCUGCACGGGUUACUUGCCCCCUCACCUCGAGCUUUCAUGGAUACUGGCCGGAAGGUGUGGCUAUUUCCGCCUAUCCAUCGAAGAAAGCGAGCCGUCAGAGUUGUCAACAGUAGCCUGGAGGUUGAAGUCAUUUUGCGACCACAUGACAAUAUGCCUCUCGGUCGUGCUCGAUUGCCAGAUGGCUGCUUCAAGUGA